GCGGAGGCGGGCGGGGCUCCCCGGUUCUCCCCGGCGGUUCCAAGGCGCGAUGUGGCUGCCGGAGUCGCAGGCCGGCCCCGGCUCGCCGGACUGCCCUGACCUGCUGCAGCACGUCCCGGCGCUGCGCACGCCGGCCACCCCGCUGUACCUCAGCUUCUUCGAGGAGGAGUGUCGCGCCAUCGUCGCCCUCCUGCGCCGCGGGGCGGCCGCGGAGUCCUCCCCGGGCCCGGCGGAGCUCAGCGGACUGCAGCCCAAGACCCCCGGGCCCGCCACCUCCACGCCGCUGCCCUCACCGAGCCACGGGCAGCUCCCCGACUCGAGCGCGGGCGACUGCAAGGCCGUUGCUACCCCUGCCCCGGCCCCAGCGGAGCCCGGGUCCCUCCCGCAGCCCGCGGCCGGCGGUGGCGGUGGCCCCGGCGCCCGUCCCGCUCGCACGCCCGCUGUGUCCCGGCGGGCGCGGCGCGGCCCCGAGCUGCCCUCCGGCGGCGGCCCCGGCACCCCUGCCCGCUCCCCGGGCCGCGGCCGCUCCAGGCUCGCUCUGCCCCGCGCACGGGCCUCGCUGGGGCUGCAGCUCCCCGCGGCCGGCACGGGGCGCGGCGCCUGGGAAACGCGGCUCCUGCGGCCCCCAGGGACUAGGCUGAAGCUGACGUCGCCUGCCAGGUCCAGGCUUCUACGUGCCAGCGGGGCUUCGCGGCAGGCACCGCCUUCCAGCCUUCCGAAACUCGCCCCCCGGGCCAGAGCGGUGAAAAGUAAUGCUGCACCUGCCAGUUGCCUCGCGCGAAGCAGGGAAGCACCUGCUGCCAAAGUGGGGAGUUGUAAACAGCCCUCCUCAAAGCUUUCUACAGGAAUUCCUACUGUGGCUUACCGCUCCUCACUGCGGCCUCCGGAAAAAGUGAUUUCGUUCAAGCGUUUUGGCCUCAAUAAAGGUCUCUCUUCAGAAUCAACUACAGAAGAGCUGGUGUGCAAUAGGACCCGAGAGCUGAAGGAAAAUGAUGAGAGCAAAGAAAAGCUGGUUGCAGCAAGCAUUGUCUUGGGAGCAGGUAGAAAUGACCAGACAUGGGAGUAUGUGGAGUCCUCUUUGUCCAGUGAGCUGGCCUCUGGCCUGACUUCAGGGGGUGAAGAUGCAGUUCCUGCUGUGCAGUCUGCAGGUGAUCAGCUGUCCCAGGAACUGGAGCGUGUGAAGAAAGAGCUGGAACGAGUGAAGGGCGAGCUUGCUGACAAGACUGCUCAGUGUGAAGCCUAUGAGCAGACAAUCUCCUCCUUGCAGGCUCAGCUCAGAGCAGCAGGAAUCUGUCUGAAAGAUGCAGCAGUGUUGGACUGUGGUGACCUCGGGAGAGACUGACAGCUGGGACAUGGGGACAGACAACAGUGUCCAGCUGUGUGAGCCCCUGGGCCAGUGAUAUAUGUAGAGCUCUUGAAUUAAUUAAUUUUUUAACUCCUUGUAUGUAAAAUAAAGGUGUCUUUUGCAGUG